AUGGCUGGUCCAAAUCAAAAUAUGGCACCUCUUCGAUUGGCUCAAGCAGCCAUUUUCAAUGGAAAAGGUUUUGAGGAUGCUGCUGAGUAUGCUCGUUACCUUCUCAAUUUCCAAAAUCGUCCAUUAUGCCCCUCCAUCACUCUUGAUCCUUCCAGGUUCAGCAGGUAUGGGAUGGAUAUUCCUCGCCUGAUAAAUUCCAUUGGCUGGGGGGAUAUACUUCCUGAUAGGAACUUCGGGUUUCUUCCUGAGGCGGUGAGGAUGUUCUAUGCGAACAUGAAACCCUGCUAUCACAUCUCUCCGCCCUGUUUUACUACGAUAGUUUAUAACUAUCUGAUAACUAUCAAUGUGGAGUUGUUGUCUCUUCUCCUUGGGAUUCCCAUUCCUGGUGCUAAAGUCAUGAAUGAAUCUGACUUUCACUCUGUUGAUUUCAACGAGGGUGAUUCUCUUCGUCUGUAUACUCGUGAUACUAGUCGCUAUUAUCCCUCUGACUUCCACUCUGGGAGACUUCCUGACGAUCUCAAAGUCUUGCACUUCUAUAUAACUCGGUUCUUUCUCCAUCGGUCUCAUGGUCUCACAACAAUCUAUCCUUCGGAUUUGUGGAUCCUUGCUAGAGCUAAGGAGAAUCGAGUCAUUAGUUAUCCCCAUCUGGUGUUUUGCUCAUAUGCUGAAUUAUCAUGA